AUGUCCAACUUCGACCCCAAUGCCAUCCUACGGGGUGCCCAGUUGACCUUUGUGGGUGCUCAUCGGGCACUGCAGAAUCCAGACCUGUUCACCACCCAUCACUACAGACAAGCUGCCAUCGCAGUAUGUGCUGGACUGGCAAUCCGCAUCAUCCUCAAUGUCCCAAUCUACGGCAUCAGAGUACUACUAUGGUUCCUGUCGAUGUUCAUGGACCUGGAAGGCGAAGGAUGGGAUGACGCAAUCAUCGACGGACUGGACUUCAUAUCGAAGAGCGUUCUACAGAUUCCAUUCAUGCUCAUGAUGAUCAUGAGCUCCAUCACGCCAACGCUGGACAACAUGUUCAUGGACAGCCUUCGAUGGGUCGACCAGACUUACAUCCAGAAGCACAAAUCAGACGACCCGAGCCAACUCCGAGCCAUGUACCACCCAACCUUGGCGAUGUACUCGACGCACGGCGAGAGGGAGAAGAAGGAGAAGCGAACUGUCAUGGACGGUGUGAUGUUGUUUGCAAUGAAGUACGGACGACGAGCAGCCAUUUCGCUGGCAACGUAUGGCCUAACAUUCGUUCCUGGCAUUGGUCCUCUUGUCCUUCCGGCAGCCUCGUUUUAUACCUUCAACAAAGCCGUUGGACCCGUACCGGCCACAGCCGUCUUUGCUAUCGGCUUCGUCGUCCCGAAGCGAUACUUCGUCCAGUUCCUGCAGACGUACUUCUCUUCACGAAGCUUGAUGCGACAGCUCCUGGAACCAUACUUUCACCGCAUCAGAUUCACAAAGGAACAGAAGAAGACAUGGUUCAUCGAUCGUGCUGGCGUUCUGUUUGGCUUUAGCGUCGCAUUCGCAGUCAUGGUCAAGAUUCCACUCCUCGGUGUGUUGAUCUACGGCAUCGCGGAGGCGUCCACGGCGUAUCUGAUCACAAAGAUCACGGAGCCGCCACCACCACCUGGCAGUGAGAAGGAGUUUGCACAUAGCGAGGUGAGGUGGAAGAAUAAGCACUUGUUUUUAGACCUGCCGAUGGAUAGACUGGACGAAUUCAAUGCUAAGCUUAGUCGCACCGAGAAGCUGGAGGCCAUUCCACAGGUUCCGAGGAAAUCGUUCACAUAG